GCGCACAAAGAUCAACUACACCCCAUUCUCAUUCCUUGCACAAUAAUGGUAUAGUUUUCGCUGUACCAUGUAUCCACAAUUCUGUCAGUUUCAUAGACAUUUUCGUAAGGAGACUUUGUUGCUACAACAAUGAGACCGUUUAAAAAGAAAACUACUCGUGAGGAGGGCACGCAGACCGAUUCAGAAAUGACCAGUUUGAAUCCGACUACCAACGUCGGCAACGGCCAGAAGGCUUCAGAAGGCGAGAAGCGUGACUUCUGGUUCUAUUUCAAGCAGUUGAAGUGCCUCCUGGACGCAGCCAAACUAGUCAUGGCUUGCUACGAGUGCGUUACCGACGAGUCUACCUUAGGAAAAUUACUUAACUUAGAACUGUUGAAGAGGAAUAAGCAAUGGACAACAACCUUCAAACAACUUGCGCUUGCGGCCUCUGGUUAAUCCGAUGACUUCGCUACGAAAGGCAACGACGCGACGAUCCAACGAGCUUCAAGCUUCGUGCUGCCGCUAACAGUUCGCGCCAAAGUCUGCGCUCUAAACAAGAUGGCGUCACAUUCCACCAAUCACAGCUAGCGGUGUCGCGGUGACGUGAUAACCGAGGCUCCGGAUUGGCGGAUUAAAAGUCGCUUGUGGAUUAAACAUCUCGGACUGAUGUGUUAGCCCUCACCGUUCAAUUCCAUCCCAUCCAAACAUAUUUUGGCCAAUUCAUUUUCAAUAAAUUCAAAAUUUCAGACAUUA